AUGGCGAUCGACCGUAUUGUGCAGUUCGUCCUCCGCGGAGCUCAGCUCGUGUUCGCAGCCAUCGUGGCUGGUAUCACCGGCGCCUACCUCCACGCGACCCAAAACACCUCGUCGUGGGACAAUGGCCGGUACAUCUACACCAUCGUGGUGGCCAGCUUGUCGCUUCUCUUCGCCUUGAUAUGGCUCCUCCCCUUCUCGGGAAGCUUCAUCCAUUGGCCCAUGGACAUCUUCCUCAGCAUCCUCUGGUUCGUCGCCUUUGGUCUGCUCGUCAACCUUGUCGGUGAUGGUUGCGGUCCCAUCUUUGAUUGGAGCAAUGUCAGCCCCCGCGGUGACGCCUGCGGUCGCAACAAGGCCAACAUCGCUUUCUGCUUCCUGUCCGCCAUCGUCUGGCUCGCCUCUGCCCUCGUCGGUCUCUUCUGGGUCCGUCGUCGCACCGCCGUCGCCGAUAGCCGCCCCGCUCACACCGGCCGCCGCCGCUGGUACCGCUCUUCGCGUGUCUAA